AUGGCAAGAUUCAAGUGGAAAAUUCAAUGCCAAGAUUCAGGUGGAAAAUUCAAUGGCAAGAUUCAGGUGGAAACUUCAAUGGCAAGAUUCAGGUGGAAAAUUGCAUGGCAAAAUUCAGGUUGGAAAUUCAAUGGCAAGAUUCAGGUAGAAAAUUCAAUGGCAAGAUUCAGGUGGAAAAUUCAAUGGCAAGAUUCAGGUGGAAAAGUCAAUGGCAAGAUUCAGGUGGAAAAUUGCAUGGCAAGAUUCAGGUUGGAAAUUCAAUGGCAAGAUUCAGGUGAAAAUUGCAAUGGCAAGAUUCAGGUGGAAAAUUCAAUGGCAAGAUUCAGGUGGAAAAUUCAAUGGCAAGAUUCAGGUGGAAAUUCAGGUGGAAAAUUCAAUGCCAAGAUUCAGAUGCAAAAUUCAAUGCAAGAUUCAGGUAGAAAACUCAAUGGGAAGAUUCAGGUGGAAAAUUCAAUGGCAAUAUUCAGGUGGAAAAUUCAAUGGCAAGAUUCAGGUGGAAAAUUCAAUGCCAAGAUUCAGGUGGAAAAUUCAAUAGCAAGAUUCAGGUGUAAACUUCAAUGGCAAGAUUCAGGUGGAAAAUUGCAUGGCAAAAUUCAGGUUGGAAAUUCAAUGGCAAGAUUCAGGUAG